AUCAGUAGUUAAGUGAAAAGUGCAGUGGAUAAGUGUUUGAAUGUCCUCUUGGUGUCAAGUGACAUCCUCCACGAGGGUAGCUGACACCACGGAGAUGACCUCUGCCUCGGUAUUAUGACCCCUUUCGUCCGCCAUAUUUGAUUCGAACAAUAUCGCGUGUGGACAGAGCUUGUUUACUACUUUGGAAGUCGAAUGGCGGUUGUUCUCUUCGCACGCGUGAAGCGGCAUUGCGUCCUUUCUGCUCGCGCGGCGUGUGAACUUUGACCUUGGAGACACUGCAUUGUUUACAAUCAAGAUAAAGUUCUGUGACAAAUCUCUUUGUGAUGGUCAAACUUUUCUUUCAGCGUUGAGAGCAAAAUUAUUGUAUUGACUGACAAGAGAAGAAUCUUCUUCUGCUUCAGGUAAAUGAGCACCUAGCAAUUUUUCUCAUCUAAGAAAGAGUUCUCAUUGUCUACGAGAAAAAUAAAGAAAUUUUAAUAAUGAAUUAAAUUAAAAAAUAUUAAAAAGGUGAUAAUUAUUACUGCUUUAACUAGCUUCUGAAAAACUAAUUUAAGUAACAGGUAUAAUUAAAUAGCGAUUGAAGUAAUAUGUAUCAGUAACAUUUGUUUAGAAAGAUACCAAAAAUAGUACUAAAUCUGAAAUGCAAUUUGUCAAGCAACUGUCCGAAAGAUCUUGAAAAGUUUCCAUUCGAAAACUGAAAUGAGUUCUAAGAAAGAAAACUGAAAUAUUGAGAGUUUGAUCACCUGAAUGAAAGCCAUAAAAAUAACGGGAAUUGAAAAUCAUGUCCCUGUGAACUGAAAGAUAAAAUUUGCUUUGGAAAGUAGCAAUUAAGAAACUGAAAUAUUGUUGCAACGUUUCACAGUCUAUUGCUUGAUGAGAAAGCAUAAAAAUGUUCUAUGACGUAUUCGAUUCCAUUAGAAAUUCUUAAAAAGAGAAAUUAAAUAAAUGAAAUCUGAUGCUUAAAUAUUAUAUUCCUGGUGUUAAAUAUAUAACAAUAAUAAGAGCAAAGCAAAAGUCGUAGAAUUUUAUGUUAGUCUCAUAAUUUCUUUAAACAGAGAAAGACAGAUAUAGAUACCUCAUUCGAACCAAAAUAUGCAAAAAGAAUUUGUUUUGACAAGCAGAGAACAUUUUUAUGUAACGAGGUCUUCUUAGCAUUCCGCUUCAAUCUUUGGAGGCUAGCAGAUCACUUAAUCCUUAGAAUAACAUUUAUUUAAUUUUCCAGUCAUCGUCGGUGACAGUAUUAAAGACUAAGCCUUGUUGAAGCAUUUGUGUGUCCUCUUCGAAAUACAUUAACUUUCGCAGCUUAACAAAACAGUACCGCUUACUGACCCAAACAAGAAAAAUUAUGUGUUUAAUUCGUGCUUGUUUUUUCCCUGCAAAGGCGGCAACUUAGACAUUGCCAGAGACAGGACAUUAAACAUUUGCAACUCAGAACAUAUUUUUGAAUUGCCAGUGAAGGCAAAUCCAUCGACACCGUGACCAAUGCUGUUGAUGGGAACGGAGCCUCCGACGCCGGGAAUGCAGGACACCCAAGCCUCAUCUGGCGGAGUGCCGCCCGGCGGGAAAAAUGCCGCUGCUACUGACUUUUCUAUUGCUGCUAUCAUGGCUAGGGGAGCCCCUCCCAUUAAAGAGAAGACAAGUGAAAUUUCUUCUCCUCUUCCAUCAGAACUGUUGUCAUGGCCAAUGAGAUCUCCCUUUGCUUCUGAUUCUGAAAGCAGUGGCGGACCUUCACCAUCGUGGGACAGGAUCGGGGCUGCGAGCCAGAAGAGAGAUCGAGCCACACCUGCUUCCAGUGUUCCGGAGGAGGACGAGGAACCUGAAGUCGAUGAGGGUAGCGACUUCAACGACGAGGCCGUCGACGGCAAUUCCGGUAAAUCGCCGCGGCCGAAGAAAUCUCCGAGUUCCGCAUCCACGAAGCGGCGCUCCUCGUCAGAUGGUUCCGCCUCUGCCGCUAACCCUUACGCGGAGUCUUUGAAAGGUCGUUGUAACUGUCAAGACCUUCUGAGGGUGGACUGCAUCCUCGAGAACAAGGACUUGUGGGAGAAGUUCAACGAGCUGGGGACGGAGAUGAUCAUCACCAAAACUGGGAGGAGAAUGUUUCCUACCUUAAGGGUUUCGUUUUCGGGAGUAGAAACGAUCGAACCCUUGCAGCAUGGCUCCAAUUACAAAUAUUCUGUACUUAUGGACAUCGUACCAGUAGACCAGAAAAGGUAUCGGUAUGCCUACCAUCGGUCAUCAUGGCUGGUGGCUGGAAAAGCAGAUCCCCCCUCUCCAGCACGGUUAUACACUCAUCCUGAUUCUCCUUUCACAGCUGACCAGCUCCGAAAACAGGUGGUGUCUUUCGAAAAGGUCAAACUGACCAACAAUGAGAUGGACAAACAAGGACAUAUAGUUCUUAAUUCUAUGCACAAGUACCAACCGAGAAUUCAUUUAGUACGGCGCAGGAAUACCCACGGUUCUGGCGGUCCUAUCACGGAUCUUGAAGCAGAAGAAUACAGGUCAUACAUUUUUCCGGAGACCGUCUUCACAGCAGUUACAGCGUACCAAAAUCAGUUAAUCACCAAACUAAAAAUAGACAGCAAUCCUUUUGCGAAAGGUUUCCGAGAUUCUUCCAGAUUAACUGAAUUCGACAGGGAUACAAUGGAAGCUUUAAUUGGGGACCCAGCCUAUCUUCAUUCACCGUUUAGGGCCCUCCUAGAACAUCCUGAACGUGAAGAUCUUCAAGCAGCUCUGGCGAGAGAAAACCUUUUAGGACUGCGAAGCCCCAUCCUCCCAUGGAAACCCACGGGUCCCUUGCCGUCUUUCACGGACACUUACGGCAUGCUAGCGAAUCUGCCAGCAAUGUAUGCCAUGAAUCCGGCUAGUAGGGCCCAUAUGUGGGCGCAGUGGGGUGCAGGAGGCCUGGGCCAUCAUUUAGGACUAUUAUGUGCUGCGAGUGCUGCUUCUUCUCAACCAUGUGGCGUUCUUAGGCCUGCAUCGCUUCCUCCAACGGAAGCAUACGGCAUCCAUCGGUACAUGCCAUACUUUUACGGUGCUAAGAAGGACUCCAACGAUGUAAAAGACAGUUCUGCUAAUCACACUCCAUUCAGGUGAGGAUCUUGAAUGAAAUUCUAGACUUCUUGUUAUUCGCGAAAGCUGAGAAAAGAGACUUUCAGAAGAUGGCCGUUUGUUCCUUCUGUUAAAGAAGAAUGUAGUGAUGAACUGUCACCAGAUAAAUGUUUCCCGGUUACGAAAUAUUAUUAUUGAGAUUGUGUACAGAUAUCUACAAAAGGAAGAGUGCUCAGUUUAAGUUCCUGCUUAAGACACUCAUUCUGAAUAAAUUCAGACUUUGUGAGAGAUAGAUUUCUAAAUGAACUCUGCUGUACGAGCUCAUUCAAAAAUGUAUAUGUGUGCUAUCCAAAAGCUGAAUAGAGAAGUUAUAAUUCAGCUGUAAUAUUAAAUUUAAUCAUUUUUCAAAACUGACGGCAUAUUAAGACUAAAUUUCAAAUUCUUAAAUGUGAAAUUAUAAUCGAGUAAUAGUAGAGUAAGAAAAAUUCCUCGUGAUCUUAAAACUGAUUUUUUAGAGAGAUGCAGUAUUGACCUUUUAUAAUUAUCUGCAGUUUUAAUAAAUAGAUGAAUUAAAUUCUAAAUGAACAGAAAGUUUUUUUUUUUUUUUUUUUUUUUUUUUUUUUUUGUUUUGUUAAAGGAGAACUACGAGAACAUUUGUUAAAGGAACUGAGCUUCAAAAAAAAAGUUUUUUUUUUCAAACUAAAUAAAUACGUUUUAAUUUGUGAAUUUCGGAUACUUUAAGAAAACUUGAUACAAUUCCUUAGACAAAUUCUUCAUUUUUAGUCAAAUAUUGGUAAAUAUCAGGAAGUAAAGAUUAUUAAACAAAUUUAUGACUCUCUAAAAUAAGAUAAACAGUGGAAGUAAUAAGCACUAAAAAUGAAGGAAAACUUCCGUGUUUAGCUUUUGGAUAUUUUGCAACAUGUAGUGUAUAGUUUUCAUCUUUAAAAUUCUGUGCUUUCAAAUGAAGACAAAAUGUUAAAUUUAGAUAAUAUUGAAUAGUUUAAAUUAUCAUUUGUGAAAUGUGUUUUACUUAAAAAAGAGAUGAGCAGCCAAUAUCGGUUAGUAGCAUAAAGACCCUAUUAAAGUUUUAACUUAAAAAAAAAUGUAAAAAUUCUGUUGUACAUUUGACAAAGGGGGGGACUAAGAAAUUUAAAUACAACUUUUAAGUACAAAUUAAUAAUAAACAGCAAAGAAAAUGAAUUGAAUUAAUUCAGAAAACCAAAUAUUGCAUGUAAUUCCAAAAAUUACAAAAGUAAAUCAUGUUUUUAUUCCUGUGAUAUUAUGUUUUGAAAGUGCGCGUUAGUUUUAAAAUUUUUUUUUGUUGCAGUUUUUGAUGUUAGCUAAAUCAGAAUGUUGUGCGCUGCAUAUAACUGCGCAACGUACAUUAAAAAAUACAUCAGAUAUGUGCGACAUUAAUAUUUAUUGAUUGACUACACUUCACCAUUUCAUGAUUUGAAUUUUUUAAAAGGAAACGUAAUUUGAAAUAGUUAAAGAAAAUUAUCGUAAAUAUGUGUAUAUAAUUUUCAUUUACGGUUAAUAAUAUUAGAUAUAAAUUU